AUGGAGGGCCGCGGCGGACCCGAGAGGAAGAAGGCCAGAGUCGGGGAUGACGAAGGGGCGGGCGGGGACGCGGAUACUGCGGGAGCGAGGCGAUGCGACGACCCGGACGCACCCGUCAACCUCGACACCGCCCCGAACGCGCCCGUGCCCAUCCCCGGUGGCGCGAUGCGCGCGAGGAACAAGCUCAUGGAGCGCGGGACCGCGAGGCUCGAGGAGAUCGAGGAGGUGAACGACCGACGGAUCGGCGCUAAGUUCCUCCUCGACAUCGUAACCUCGCACCCGACGUGGACCGAACGCAAGAUCGACGUGAUGACCGCCGAGGGUUCCAACGUGUUCAUCGGCGACAUCAGGGUGCACCAGCCCUCGGAGAUAUCCACCGACGCGCUGGUGGAGCGAGUCAACCGGCGACGGUCGAGGUACGUGUGGAGCAUAUUCCUCUCGCAGUCCCCCGCGUGGACUGCCGGAAAGGGCGAGGGGCCCAACCUGCCGGUCGUGGAGGCUUUGUUCGAUCCCAUCGUCGGAAAGUGCGGAAAGGGCGCGGAUUCGUCUUCGAAUUUGACGUUCGGCGAAGUCGCGCCGUGCUUCGGGAACGGCGCGACUUCGCCGGUGUUGAACGUGCACCCGUCCACGCCGAUGCGCUCGAUCAACCUGUGGUACAGCCCCGACAGCUCGCGGAGCAGUCUGCACUUCGACGACUACCACAACGUGCUGUGCGUCGUCGCCGGAGAGAAGACGGUGCGGCUGUGGCGACCCGGCAAAUUUCUCGACUUUUACGUCGACAACCCGCUGGGCGAGUCCGCGAACCACAGCGGGAUAGACGUCACCUGCACCGCGUACGAGCCCGAGGCGGACCCCAAGGAUUUAUUCCCCGAGUUUUUCGACCACGAGGGGACCGGGUGCGAGAUCCCACCGGACGAGACGCGCGUGCUCCGGGCCGGGGACUGUCUGUUCAUACCGGAGGGGUGGUGGCACUGGGUGGACUCGUCGUCGGGGGCGAUGGCGGUGAACUUCUGGUGGGACAGCCCGUUCGCGGCGGACCUCGCGGCUCGCGUGGAGCCCUGCCUGACGGUCGAGUCCUUAAAAGAUUCAGCCCUGAACGAACGGUGCGACGGGUUGAUGCGAGAGUUGAGCGCCGAUUUGGCGUCCGAGUCGAGCGAGUAUCGACGGCGGAAGAUAUUCGCGGCGUGCGGAAGAAUCGAGAAGCACAGGCUGGUGGCGAACCUCGCGAACAGCGAGGGCGCGAAUGCGUUCCGCGGGAGGCGCGGUCUGUCCAACACCAAGUGGGGCAGAGCCGAGCUCGGCGAAAACUUCGAGGACUCGUUUCCCUUUUACGAGCGGUUCGCGGACCGGCUCUGCUACGACGUCAAGAAGAUAACCUUCGGAUACGGCUACGACCCGCGCGACUUUGAGAAGCGUUGGCCGGACCCCGCGCGGGACGGCGUUCCUCACCACGCGAGGAAGGAAGAACACCACGACGACGUGUUCAAGAUCGGCGUCGACGUAUUGUUUUUUGUGGCUUACUCCGAGCCGCAGGAGCUGUGGGACUUUCUCAAGUACCUGGCGUCGGAGCCGUACUACCUCGGCGAGGAGUCGGACGACGAGCUCAAGGCGUCGAAGCAGAACACCGUGCGGCUGCUGCUCAUCGUGUUCAUAGCCAACAACGACAGGGCGUGCGAGCUGCUGACGUACAAGCUGGAGCUCUGCGAGGUGGGCAAGGACGAGGACGAGGUCAAGAGGUUCUACGGGCUCGUGUACGGCGUGCUGAGCCACGAGGAGAAGGAGGCGUUCACCGCCGGGCUGCUGCGGCGGAAGGACCAGUUCAGCUGGAAGUUCUGUAAGCACGUGGCGUACAACGUGCUCGAGAUGGAGGAUCUGGCGGCGGUGCUGGGACGGAACGUGGCAGGACGGGGAUGCACGAGCGAGGGCAUGGCGCCGCACUCUGCGCACCUGGCGCAGCUCUUCGACCCGGCGCAGUUGGAGUCGACGGCGUGGCUCGAAGUGGCGACGAAUCGGCUGGACGUGGCGUGGACGAAACACUGGGAGACCCAGCCGGAGCACGUCGAUCCGCCGGUGUUGACGGAGGAGCAGGUGCUCGGCUUGCUGGCCGAGUUGGACAAGAGGGAAGCGGCGGAAAAGCGAAUGCGAGCGAUCAAAGAUGGAAGAAAAGCGGAGGAGAUGACGUACGCUCCCGUGGAUCCGUUCGCGAGGCGGGCGGAGGAUCCAGACGCCGCGAACGAGGACGAGGACAAUGAUAAUUAG